AUGUUUGUCAAGCUCGUGCUUGGCUCUGCACUGGCCUACGUCUUCUGGAGUCUGUGGUGCAUGGAGGUCAACGCGCGCAAGGCCCGCGCUCUCAAGGUACCCUUUGUUCGACUGCCGGUCGACGUGACGAACGUGUUCUGGUUGGUCCUUCAACGUCACGUAUGGGCUGUCGUCGACCGCCUCCCUUUCCAAUGGUCUGCAUACCCCGACUUCGUGCGCUUCUCUCGUCGUGAUUGGCAGUUCCGCGAGAAGUCGGAUCCGGCAGUCCGCCUGGGUCCUGUCUGGGCGCUUGUUACUCCGGUUACAAUCUACCUCAGAUUUACAGACCCUGAGGCUAUCAAGGAGAUCUUUGCGAGGCCGUCCGAAUUCAUCCGCCCUGUCAAGGAGUAUACACCAUUCAACGAAAGCAUCAUGAAGUCUGUCUGGGGCGAGAGCUUGCAUCAGACGAAAUCAAUGGUGCUGUACUGGACCGGGAAAUCCGCCGGGAUUCCAAGUGUGCAAAAGGAUAUGCGGACGUUGACACUCAAUGUUCUUGCUGCAACAACCUUCAAUCAGCCGUAUGAGUUCCACGGGUCAGCGGAAGCGCAAGAUGAGGUGGGAACCUAUCGCGAUACGCUUCAGGCCAUCAUGACUGGAGCUAUACUUAUGAUGCUUAUCCCUUACCGCUUUCUGCAAGCUCCCUUGCCAGAAAGUUUUGUCAGAAUCGGCAAUGCUGCAAGAUCUUUUAGACGGCAUAUGUUGGAAAUGCUUGACAGCGAGAUUAAGGCUCUGCAAGAAAAUCGGCCCGGUUCUGGCGGUAUGAUGACUGCAUUUGUUCGUGCAUUGGACGUUCAUGACAAGGAGGCCGACAACGCCCCCGACGUCAAAGUAGUCCGAGGUGGGCAAAGAAAAAAAGGUCUUUCUGUCGACGAGAUAUUGGGAAAUCUGUUCAUCAUCAACUUCGCUGGCUAUGAUACCUCAGCAAGCACUCUGGUCUUCACCUUGCACCUUUUAGCAGUCCAUCCUGAAGUACAGGUUUGGCUAGCCGAGGAGAUCGCUGCCCUCGCGGCAUCUGCGGGUAAAUCGAUUGAGGAGUGGGACUACCGCUUGCACUUCCCGCAACUCAAGCGCUGCCGAGCUGUUCUGCUCGAGACUUUACGUCUGUAUCCUUCUAUUGUUGGGCUGCCAAAGUGGACAGGCACCAAACCUCAAACCCUUGAUAUCGGCCACAGGACACUUGCCAUCCCUUCCGGUGCUUACGCUUUUCCCCAUAUAAUCGCCAUACACACUCAUCCUCAAUACUGGGAUGAGCCGCAUAGCUGGAGGCCAUCGCGCUGGAUAUGCUCCUCGCCCCAUGUCGCCACAGGCAAGAGCGACAGUCCGUUCUCGGGGGGGAAAUCAGCCGGGAGGGAAGAGCUGUGGGAACCCGCGCCGAACACAUAUUUCCCCUGGUCCGACGGCCCUCAGAGCUGCCCUGGCAAAAAAUUUGUCCAGGUUGAGGUCGUGGCUAUCUUGGCAUGCCUGUUUAAGUCUCAUCGCUUGUCUGUGAAGAAGAACCCCGGCGAAAGCGAAGAAGCAGCCAGAGCCCGAGUGAUAAGCUGCGUGAACGAGGUGAACAUGGAGGUAAUCCUUCGGAUGAAGGAUGCUGACCGGGUGAAGUUGCUUUGCACCGAGGCAUAG